CACAGACCGUCGGUGCCAUCUCAGAGACCCAGACCGUCACUCAACCCAACCCACAAUUCCUAAUCCACGGUGUGAUACGCCACCAACACUCACAGCCAGCACAGCCGCCCGUAACAAAAAUCCCCAAGUAACAAACCCCAAAUAAUCGGUCAACCGGUCACCGGCAACCGGCCCUCCCCCCUCCCGGUCUCCCGGUUCCCUAUACUCACAACAUAAAUCUCUCUCUCUCUCUCUCUCUUUCUCUCUCCGCGAUCCCAACUGAAUAACAAACCAAUUAUUCCAAUUUCCAACCCCACCCCUCCCCAAAUCCACUGAGAGGAAAAUUUAUAGAGCAAGAAACAGUGACCGACUGGCUCUGAGAGAGAGAGAGAGAGUGUGCGUGUGACUGAGAAGAAGCCCCAUAGAAUCGGCGAAAAUGGCGUCGUCGAAGGUGAUGACAUCACCGAACUCGGGUUCGAGGAAAUCGGAUCUACCUCGACGCGCUUCUUCCUCCGCUACAAAGCCCCAAUCGCUCCCCGAUCAAACCAAAAGCUCUUUCGCCAACGCCAACCGCGGCACUCUUGGAUCCUCCUCGAUGACCGUCGAUGGCCUUCUACGCACCGUUUACGACUCAAAACCCUCUGCCACCGAGUCCACCCUCCUCGAUGCCCAAAUCACCGUGAUUGACACCCCAGUCUCAACCCAGGGUCUCUCCGAGCCCAAACCCAAUGUGCAGAAGACCGUGGACGAAGUGUGGCGGGAGAUCGUCUCCGGCGACCGGAGGGAGUGCAAGGAGGAGGCGCCGGAGGACGAGAUGAUGACUCUGGAGGACUUUCUGGCACAGGCCGGGUCUGUGGAAGAUGAGGACAUGAAGGCCGAGCCCACCGAGCGCAUGAGCGGAGGGGUCUUCUCGUUCGACCCCGUCCCGACGAGCCAGUUCGCGGCUUUAGACAGCAUUGAAGGAGCCAUUGUAGGGUUCGGAAAUGGAGUAGAGGUGAUUGCAGGAGCAGGUGCGGGUACAGGGAGAGGGAAGAGGAGCCGCGUGGUCAUGGAGCCGUUGGAUAAGGCGGCUCAGCAGAGGCAACGGCGGAUGAUCAAGAACCGGGAGUCCGCCGCAAGGUCCAGGGAGAGAAAGCAGGCGUACCAAGUUGAAUUAGAGUCGUUAGCGGUGAGACUAGAAGAGGAGAAUGAGCAACUGUUGAAAGAGAAGGCUGAGAGAACUAAGGAAAGGUUUAAGCAGAUCAUGGAAAAAAUUAUCCCAGUUGAGGAGAAGUGCAGACAACCACGUGUCCUCCGAAGAGUUCGAUCCUUGCAGUGGUAGAUUUUAUAUGCUUGAGGGGUGGAGAGAAACACCGUUCACUGACAUAGGGGGGGGGAAAGAAAAUAUUGUAACUGGAAAUUAAUCAUCUUUUAAGUUAGAUAUUUCAACCCGAUGGUUCGUCUAUAAGAGCGAUCGUGGUUUUUUCUGAUUACAGAAGACAGAGGGAUUGGAACCUGAGUCUGGAAGGGAAAUUCCUUAUAGCUGAAGAAAACAGGAGUUUUAUUGAAGGGAGUGAAACGCAGAAAUCUGAAGUAGUGAAUUAUGUAGUUAGUGAGUGUCUCACAUAAAUGACCAAGGGGGGAAAUGGAAUAGAGGUUUCUGGGCUGGUGUAGUCUAUUAUCUAUGUUUUGACAGCUUUUGGCCAAAAUAGAAAUGAGGUUCUAUUUAUACUUAA